GGCCCCUAUUAUGAGUUGCAUUCGAUCUUCGACAACGAUCGAAAAUGCUGGUCGAACGAAUUUGCAUUUGGUAUUACGACGUUCAUUCGAUGAAGAUUGGCGUUAUUGUGAAUUGCAAUCAUUUUGAAUGUUCACGAUAGUAUACAUCUGUCAGAUAAAACUAACAAAUAUUUUAUAAAUAAAGAAAAUAUAAAUAUAAUAUGACUAGGAUUGAGUUUUGGUUUGGCGAUUCUUCAGAGGAGGAUGAAAGCUUACUGGAAUUGGCUAGAAAUAGAAAGAAGCUAAGGGACGCUUCCAACCCUUUGGAAUUGAAUUCCGCUACAUUUAUAAAAAACUUCCGUUUGUCGAAAGAGGCGUUUGUUGAUUUGCUGUCCGCUACAGAGGAGAUGCUGCAGCGAUGCACACUAGCGAAAUCUAUUCCCAAUAUACUAAAAUUGGCAACAGCUUUACGAUUUUGUGCUCAGGGAUCGUAUCAAGUUAGUAUAGGGAAUGAAAACAUGCUUGGACUUGCACAGCCCAUGGUGUCUGUGGUACUAUCUGAGGUACUCGAUGCCCUGGAGAAUUUCAUUUGCCAAAGAUGGAUAAAAUUCAAUUAUACCGAGGCUGCAAAAUUACAUUUUUAUAGUAAAACCAAAUUUCCUGGGGACUUUCGGCCUGCAUAA